AUGGGUGGCUGCUGCAAGGGAGCGCGGUGUCCAUUCUCGCACGAGCUGGUGCAGCUGCCGCCGAAAGGCGUCGAUGCGUCGGGUGGCUACUUCAUUAGCGGUAACGUUGCAAACUACAAGGCAGCCGCGUCUACCACGGCGGCUUCGCCGUCGUCGCGCAGCUUGGGCGGUCGGUGGGAUAAUCCGACCGCGUCGAGCAGCACUGACGGCUUGUCGACCCUUGCGUCGCCUUCUUCAUGUUGCGUGACCACAGGCACGUCUCUCAGCGCUGAAGCGAAGGAGUGGGUCGGAGCUGACAGCGCAGCCGCCUCUUCUUCUGCCAACUCGGCCACCGCCUCCAUCACGUCCGUUCAAUCGCUGCGAGGUGCGGCCUCCCCGACCGUUUGCGUGAGCUCCAGCUCCCUUCGCUACAGGUCCUCAGCCUUGCGUCGCCCUGCCCAGCAGGUGUCACCGCUGCCCAUGCCACAUUCUCAGCGGGACUCUCAGCCUCAGCCUCAGUCCCAGCAAACUCCAACGCAGCUACAAUCACAGCACUCUCAGAAGCCGCCACCGUCGCCGUCGCUGUCGCCGCUGCCGCCACAACCACACCCACAGCCUCAGCUACAUCAGCAGCAAAAGCUUCAGUAUCAGCCGCCACCUCAGCCACGCAGCGUCGCAAACGCUCUCUCUGCUCUACUUCCCAACCACUCGGAGAGCAGUGCUGCUGCAGAGACACCCCGCACAUCCGCAGCACCUGCGCACCCCGCUGCCACCGCGCGCACCGUGUCCUUCACGCAGUCCUCUAACGGCUCUGGAUCGACGACGAUAGCUGCCCUCGCCUCUUUCUUCGACAUGCAGCGCGUUUCCACGGGCGCCCCUUCGGCGCCGCCGUCCAGCACCGUGUCGCAGCCAAGCAAAGCCGUCUUUGUCACUCGCCGCGACGAUCAGACGCCAGCCACCGCACUGUCACCCGCCGCCGCGGCGCCACCUCGGUACACCGCCGCCUGCAUCACCGUCGCCGCCUCCGCCCAGCGUUUUAAUCCCUCGCCCUCCGCGCCCACCAUCCUGACAACGGCCACUACCGCCCCUGCUCACGGCAGCGGCCGCUCGGCCACACCGAGCCAGCACCUGGAGGCUCCUCUGCCCCGCAGUCGCGAAGCCCUGGCUACCGGUGCGGAGCACCACGCUGCUAACGUGGCAAAGGCGCACGUGGGGCAGAGCACUGCCCCACCUCCGGCGGCGGCAGUGCCGCCAUCGUUGCCACAGUAUGAGCCCCGGACUGCAUCCUCCACUCAAAUUCGCGUCAUGCCGCCGGCUCCUCGUUCGCAACAGCAGCAGGCAGCACACCAGGCUCAGCAACUUCGUGCGCAACAAGAAGCGCAGCACCAGGCGCAGAUCCAGCAGCAGCGCCACACCCCAAAACAGGUUCAGCAACUCGCACAGCAGCAGGCUCAACUGCAACAGCUUCAGCAGCAGAUUCAGCCCCAGAAGCAGCAGCAGCAGCAGACGGUUUACAUGUUGACCCCCUCCCGUCUACCGGCUAGCUCUACACCUCCGCACGAAGGUAUCACUGCGCCUGCUCAGCUCCCACUCGGCUACACCCUCGCCUACGCUGUGCCGGCACCUACACCAACCGCUCCUGCGGCCACCCCAAUCCUUAUCUCGGAGCAACCGAGCGCCGCUCGUCCCACCUACACGUUACUUUCCUCGUGCCCGCCGCAAUCGCAGCUACAGAGCCUUCAAACGGCAAAGGGAACGGUGCUGUACGGGACGCCGGCGCAGGUGCUUACCCAGGCCGCGGCGCCUAGCGAAAGUGGGGCCCCUCGUCUGAUCCUCGUCAAUACCGAUGGCACUUUCACCGUCCUGCAGGCAGAAGCGUUGGCGGCCACUGCUGGUUUUGGCCUGUCUCCGGCCAUCAUGCAGGCGCACUAG